AUGACAUGUCUGCUAGGAUUGCAUGAGAUAGAGAGAAAAGUGCAAAAUACUUCUGACAGAUGUGUUGUGCAAAGCUAUUCUAUAAUUAAAACCUGGUUCCGUUACCAAAAACGAGAUUUUCGUUUCUGCUCAACAUUUCUUCUGAGCGCAUGUUCAACUUAUCAAGUUGUUCUCGUCGGUUGUCGGCAUGUUGCAAUGCCGAACGAAGAUCUUGAUCCGUUUGGUCGAUAA